AUGAUAUGACAUAAUAUUAUCCCAUUCACGAGUUCACCUGAGCAGAUAAUGAAGAUAGCAGGGGUAGUAAAAGUAUGCGUGUUUGGCGUGCUGUCCGGGGAGCAGGUUCCGAGCUCGCCGAUUCCAUCCGAUCCCGGAACGCUCCCGCCCCCCAGUAGGGGCGAGUGUGCCGAGCUCGGAAACGGCCGAACCCAGAACUCACCCCCGGAGUUCUAUCGACAAGAGCUCAAGUAGAGGAGCCGGGGAGGUGGUGGGAUGUGUAAUCCUUGAGAGAUGGCUUCAGGUCGCUAUGACAUGUACCUGCCAGUUAUGAAUUGCAGAACAUGUCUUGCGUCAUGGACACCUGAAGUGGGGGACCUGCUGUGUAGUGGUUACUGGCCGGGCACUGUGGGAUUUCAAACCAUAUACCAGCUAGACCUUUUCAUCUCUUUUGAGGACUUGAAGAUCAAUGCACCUGGUCUUUCAAGACAAGCAUUUGUCAAAAUGUUAGAACAGCGCUCACAACAAUCGGAAGGGUAACAUUUGGAAGGUAAAUGGAAAAGGCACCUGUGGAACAUCAACAUGGGCUGCAGCCAGGGAGACCUCUAAGAAGACAAACUCCAAAUGUGACGAAGAAGGCCUAGAGGUGGCAGUUUGCAGACAAUGCAUAUUGCGUAGAGGUCUGAACAUGUUUAGGGGGGAGAUAUUUGCAUACCCUCUGUUUUUGCAAAAUGAUCUGGCCACAAAAACAAAUUGCAAGUUCUUCUGCACCGACAUCAUGUGUAGAUAUUGGCCUUAUCUACAAAAGGUGGCUCAAGCAUUCCCAGAAAUGAAAAAAUUGACUGAGAUGACGCCAUUUCUUUCGGUCAUGCAUGCAAAGGGGCAUUCUACAAAAUGUGAGGUGCAGUGGGGUGGCAAAAACCAAACAGGGGCAGGCACUACCAUUGGUGAAGAAGUUGAACAAGUCAACAGCUUUUUGUCCCGUGUGGCUCUAACUACAAAAUACAUGACGCAAGUAGAUAUGAUCACAUUGCAUGCCAGAGGAUGGAAUGAGCGAAAAAAAAGAAACCUGCACAAGUACUUGUCUACACGGUAUUUGAAGACUAUCCAGAAGACAAAGGAAGUCAAAGAGGACAUUGAGGCUAUAAAGGAGUCCACGCAAAGGUCCGAUGAGGAACUACAACAGCGGGUUACUGAUGUGAGACAGUGGGCAGUUGACACUCCAGAUGACCUCCGAACAGAUGAUCCAGUGGCGUUGCAACAUCUGAUUGAAGGCCUAUUCUUGGACAUCCAGCAGAAAAAGAGACCGUAACAAACAGCGACACAAGAUCCGAAGACGGAUUGGAGAGGAUAAGAAAAAGCUGUUUAAUGCCAUAUUAAUGCCAAUGUCUUCCAACCACAACAGAAUCUGUUGGUUCAAUUGAAGACCUUCUUACAACAGAAAGUCCUAUCUGGCCUUGGGAUUCUGAACCUGACACUUCCUUAGGCAUGAAGAAGAAAGUUUUUGACAAGGUGAUGUAAGUGGAGAGACUGAUUGAGGAAGAGGCUGUACUUGUAGAGGAAAUGAAACAACAUUGGACACAGCUUACAAGAACCUACAGGGCCUUGAAGGACCAGGCUAGUGCAGUGUCAGAUGACCUGGCC